AAAAAAAACACGCACACACACAGUUGGAACUUGGAAGGUGACAGUAGAUGACAGAGAUUUCGGUUGAAUAGAUACAAAAUUUCAUAUAACUUCCAAGCUACAGAGGCCUUAUGUAAAAAGGCUAUCUAUAAAUAAAGUUGCACUUUUCCCAAGUGAAUGUUACAGUAUUGAUUUUCAGUUCAGAAGCCAAGAGGGCGCCACGGUGGUUAGUAAUUUCCUGGCGCGGAAAUUCAGACGCAGAAACCAGCUUUGCCGUCGGUAAAUGUUGCUAUCGGAAAUGGAAACUACAAAUCGAAAUACAGAGAAGAAUAAUAGAAGUACUAAAGUAAUCGUGGCGGUGAAAGCCGAGAAGGUGAUCCCAAGGACUGCACUUGCCUGGGCAUUGACUCACGUUGUCCAACCAGGCGAUUCCGUUAUCUUGCUCGCUGUGUACCCGGAGGCAAAACCCGGGCGGAUGAGAUUUUGGGGGUUCCCGAGGAUUAAAGGAGAUAACCGGGCUGAUGUGCCGCCGGAUCGGAUUGGUCAGAUCUCGGAAUCCUGCUCUCAAAUGGUUCUUCAGUUCAAUAAUCAACUCGAUGUAAGUACUAGAAUCCUAUGUUUGGCAUGAUUGUAUCCUAAGUUGAAGAUUUUCUAUUUAGUACUUCUACUUUCUUCUGCACCGCAUGAGUUUGAAUUUGGGUUCAUUUUCUUUUGACGUACAAGUUGUGAAAUAAAUGAUAGGUUAACUGUAUAAUGGAACCUAAAUUUUAAUAUCUGGAGAAUUUAACUUCUGUUCAUACAAAAGUUGUCCUUUGUUGGUGAACAAUUCAUUCAUCAAGGCAAUUUCUUGGGAUGAAAAACUGAUAGCAGAAAAGAAAUGAAAGUUUGCUCUGCUAUGUUUGUUUAGGUUAGAGUGCGCAUCAAAGUGGUUUCUGCUUCACCUACUGGAGCUGUAGCAGCUGAAGCCAAGAAAAACACGGCAAAAUGGGUCAUUUUGGACAAGUAAUUCUAUAUCAAUGUAUUGUUCUUAUGUAAUUAUUUGCUAUUACGUCUUGAGUCUCAGUUGUCUUCUUACCCUGGAUUAUCCAGGUUGUAUGCAUGUUACUCUCUACAUUACAUAACCUGUUUUCUUUUGCAUUAAUUGUCUUCUAAUCAAACAAUUGCUUGGUACUUUAGCAAACAUGUCCAGCAAUGUACUACGUUCAUCAACAAUUUUAGAUGGCUAGGUCUGCAGCAAGUUUCAUGAAAGUAUUAAACAAUCUGCAGUAACUUUUCCUGAAAUGCAUCUUGUAAUGCCUUUAGUGCCUAGCCUUUGAAGCCUCAAAUUAAGCUUUGUUACUUGCACCCACUGAUACAACUAGGGAAAACAUUUAUUUGAUCUUCAGCCCUUCAUGAACUAGAAAUAACGCCUCUUUUCAAUUACCAGAUGACAUAUGUUGUCCACCAUUUCUUUUGUGAGUUUGUGUCAAUGACCUAUCAACUACUUCUAAGUGAAUUAUUGGUUGUCCGUUUGGUGAACUCAUUCCAGAUAGAGUGCUCUGAAGCAGAAUUAUGUGCUGAUUAACAUAGGAAAUUCAAAUUACAAUUCUUAUUUAGUGUGUCCGAGAUUAGACUUCUAGAUUAAAUUUGCUCAUGCUUUUGUUCUCCUUAGCCAGAAAAUUGAAGCUAGAGCGCAAGCAUUGCAUGGCAGGGCUUCAGUGCAACAUUGUGACUAUGAAGGGUUCUCAACCAAAAGUCCUCAGGCUUAAUCUUGAAUGGUCAGAUGAAACUCAAACCCCUUUCUAUUCCGCUGCUGCUUCUCCAGUUGAAGUGAAAAUGCAAGGACAAAGAAUGAGACAUUCUACUCCUGCAAGCAGCCCGGAAUCCCCAAGCACUUCUAAUACCAGAACCCACGGAGAAAUUACAGUAUUUAGUCCUGACACUGAAGCUUCCAGUUUCCUUGUCUACCAGCGGAAUCCCCUGUAUGAAAAGCUAUAUACAGGGAAACACAGUCCAAUUUAUGAUCAAAGUGGCUUCCACAAUUCACUUCCAUCACCAGAUUCUGCAGGGGAAAGGAUUAUUUCUCUCUCAAUGUCCUCAAAAAUUUUGGGUUCUGAUGAUAAAAGAAUGCUUUGGAUCCCUCAGAACCAAAAGAAUAAUGAGAAUGUUCGGGAAACUGUUGGUUGGCAAAAUUCAUUGAAGAAUACACUUUCUACUACCAGAACAGGACUUCAUAAACAAAUGCCGCAAGAACUAUCUAUGAUGGCACUAGGAGUUGGCUAUAGGAAAAAUUCUAAUAGAGAUUUUGACAGUUCAAGCAUAAGAGAGGCAGUUUCUUUGUGCAGAUCAUCCUCAACACCUCCUCCCUUAUGUUCAAAAUGCCAAAAGAAGUCACCGGCAUUUGGAAAACCCCCAAGAGAGUUCCUCUAUGAAGAGUUAGUGGAGGUUACCGAAGGGUUUUCACAUAAGAAUUUAGUGGCUGAAGGAGGAUUUGGUUUGGUUUACAAAGGGGUUCUGAGGGAUGGUCUGGUUGUGGCAAUUAAGCAGCUGAAGUAUCUUAGAUCACAAGGUGAUGCUGAUUUCUGCAGGGAAGUUCGAGUAUUAAGCUGUGCACAGCAUAGGAAUGUUGUGCCAUUGAUUGGCUUUUGUUUUGACCAGCAUAAGAGAUUUUUAGUGUAUGAGUAUAUAUGCAAUGGCUCCUUGGACUUGCACUUGCAUGGAAGCAAGGAUAGGCCUCUAGAGUGGGACUUGCGCUUGAAAAUAGCUAUUGGAACCGCAAGAGGACUGCGGUAUCUCCAUGAAGAUUGCAGAGUAGGAUGUAUUAUUCACAGGGAUUUAAGGCCACACAAUAUUCUCCUGACUCAUGAUUUUGAACCUCUGGUUGCAGAUUUCGGGCUUGCCAGGUUGUAUAAUGAAUGGGAACUUUGUGAUGAGGAGCAAGUUGUUGGUACUAUUGGGUACCUGGCACCAGAGUACUUCAGUGGUGCUAAAGUCACGGAGAAAGUUGACAUUUAUUCUUUUGGUCUCGUGCUAUUAGAACUAAUUACCGGUCAAAAGAACAACCCCCUGCAAUAUCACAAUGAUCAGUACCUUCUACUGGAGAAAUUUUACUUGUUGGAGGCAAUAGAACAAAGUCGCCUUCUAUCAGACAGGCAGAAGUUUCUGGAUCCAGGGUUGUCAGAUUAUGAGCUUCAAAACUUACCAUACGAAUUACAGGCAAUGUGCCAUGCUGCUUCCUUGUGUCUUCAGAAAGACCCUGAUCUACGACCGCCUAUGUCCAAGGUACUAAGAAUCCUUGAAGGAGGGGGCACAAUGAUUCCUAUGGCAUUGGAUGGUGCCUCCAUAGGUAGUAGAAGCGGGCAUUUUAAAGCACCAGUACCAGGCAAAACUACUGUAUCAAGUACUAAGCAUUCUAGGAGGCUUUCUCUAUAACAGAAAAUGUCCACCUCCAAAACUAAUUCCCAUGAUUUGGAGGACAAGUAUAUACUGAACUUGCAAGGGCUGUACAUCAUUAUAUCAAUAGCUUAUAGAAAUCAAAGGUCUUUACUGUAAAUAAUCGCAAUAGCAAUCGUUACACAACGGAAGUUCGAUUGUCAUGCAGCUACAUGUAGGUUUACUGUCUUGUAAAUGGAUGCUCCAAACAACUGGAGUGAUCCAUCAUACCUUUAUCCCGAGUUUCAUAUGUUGAUAAUAUUUUUUAGGCCUUCGCUUGCUUUGUACCAAAAGAUGAAGGAAAGAUUGAAAGGACUAAUGAGCAAACACUUACAAAUGUAAGGUUUUACACUAGUUCAUUUUAAAUGGUAGAGACUAGAAACCUUAUAUAUGCAAACUUGAAUGUUCUUUCUGAUAAGCUAUCUUCAAAGCUUGACAUUUAACCAGCUGGUCAGAUGACAUCCCGGCUUCC